UGAGGCGGGAGCGUUGCCGGGCUGUGCUGGCAGCGGCCCCUUUCUUUCCCCUCACCCAAGCCGUUACGGCACCGGCUGCUCCGAGACACAGACCCCCGACACCGGGAGACAGGCUGUCGCAGCGGCUUUGCGCCGCAGCAAAGCGGGCCCUGCCCGCGGUGGAAACCCCUGCUGCCGCCCCUCAGCGGCGGCACGGGCACCGCUCAGCCCAGGCCAGGGCUGGGUGGGCUCUGGGCCGGCCUUGCUGCCGCCCUUCCCGCGCCCCGGAGAGGGGUGGGUGGGUGUGUGUGUGUGUGUGUGUGUCCCGCCGCGCCACAGCCCCGCGAUCGCUCCCCUCAGCCCCCGCCGCGGCCUGUCCGGUUCCCGUGCUAACAGCCGGGCCGGCACCGCCCUGCGCCGCGGUACUUCCUGCCGCCGCCCCGGAGGAGGCGGGACCGGCCCGGAGCGCGGCGGUCCGUGUCUCCCUGGAAUGGCGGUGUGCCCCACGAAGGUGCACUGCCUACCGAGUAGCCCUGGGACCCCUGUGAGGCUGUGGGGAGCUGUGGCCUCCAGGCGCUUGGGGGAUUUCACUAAGGGGGAGGAUGGGGGAAUAAAGGAAGCAGCCCCAAAUUCUGCUCCCUACAGCAGCGAGCUGGCCGGCUCCUUGCUCGUGUGGAGAAAAGAGGUAGAUCAAAGCCCUGGUCCAGCAUCGCCUCCCUGGCAGAAGCUCCCAACAGAGGCACAGGGAGAUCCAUAUGGAGAUGGCAAGCAGGAGGUGAUGCUCCCUCAGGGGCUCUCUUCUGAAGUCCGUCAAGCCUUUUCUGGGGCAAGGUGUAUGGCACAGCAGUUCUUUACCAGCAGAUUUUAAAAACUGAAGGAAGAUGUCUUUUUUCCCCAAAAUCUCUUUCCAACGUGAAGUUGAAGAGUAUCUCACCAACGUGUUCAGAAAUAAUGAGCUUAUCACUGCUUUAGGUACACAGGAGGUAGAGAGAAAAUAUCAAUCUCUGUUAAGUCAUCUGUCUCAUCCACCAUCUUUCACAACUGUUAGAGUUAAUACCCACUUGGCCUCAGUGAAACAUGUGAAAAAAAUGCUGUUUGAAGAAAUCCAGAAGCAAUUUAAAGGACUAUGUGUUCCAGUUCUUGAGCACCCGAAACUCCAGGACAUCUUAUUAAUUCCUGUCAUUGGACCCAGGCAAGAUUUAAAAAAACAUGCGUCUGAAGUAAUUGUUGGAGCCCACUGUGGAUACGCAGUGCUUCGAGGAGCACACGUUUAUGUCCCUGGAAUCAUAUCGACCUCAAGAUUUAUGAAAGCUGGAGAUCUGGUCUCAGUGUAUUCAGAUAUUGAAGGGAAGUGUAAAAGAGGAGCCAAAGAAUUUGAAGGAGUCAAAGUUUUCCUUGGAAAUGGGAUUUCAGAACUGAGUCGCAGUGAAAUCUUUAAUUCCAGUGGCCCAUUGAAUGGGAUGGGCGUAAGAAUGAUAGAGCCAGUCUACCUUAGUCCUUCCUUUGACAAUGUGCUCCCUAGUCAUUUGUUUUUACAGAACUUGCCUUCUGUGGUUGUGAGCCAUAUUUUAAAUCCUCAACCAGGAGAGAGAAUUUUGGAUAUGUGUGCUGCACCUGGAGGAAAAACAACCCAUCUUGCAACAUUAAUGCAUCAACACGGACAAGUGGAAGCCAUGGACAAGAUAGCUAAGAAGGUCAAAAAAAUUAAGCAGAAUGCUGAAUUGCUUCAGUUGAAUUGCAUUAAGGCAUUUUGCUAUGACGGAACAAAGGCACUUUCAGUUGAGAAGAGAGAGGAUGAACAAGAAGGACCUCCAUUCUUACCAGAGUCAUUUGAUCGAAUUCUUCUUGAUGCUCCAUGUAGUGGGAUGGGACAGAGACCAAACAUGGCUUAUUCCUCAACUCUAAGGGAAGUGACCUCUUACCAGCCACUACAGCGCAAGCUGUUCACUGUGGCCGUGAAAUUGCUGAAGCCAGGAGGUGUUUUAGUAUAUAGCACAUGUACAAUUACACUCUCUGAAAAUGAGGAGCAAGUUGCUUGGGCCCUGAAAACUUUUCCGUGCCUCCAGCUUCAACCCCAGGAACCUCAUAUCGGAGGAGAAGGCAUGAGGGGAGCUGGGCUGUCGGGUGACCAGCUGAAGCUGCUGCAGAGAUUUGAUCCAGCUGCUGGGACGCUGCAAGGAAUGGAUAUUAAUUCUUUGCAAGAUUCCAGGGAAGAUGAUCUGAUUUCGCUGGCAAAUAAGGACUGUAUAGGAUUUUUUAUCGCAAAGUUUAUUAAAUCGGACAGUAAAUAAGCAUGGAGGAAUGCACCCUGGAAAAAAACCCACUUCUGUGACCAGUUCUAAGAACAGUUCAGACAUGAAGUGUGUUUCUUAGGGCUGCCAUGCCGUUGCCAAGCCAACGGGCUGACAGCAGGGUUGCUAUGGCAGCACCAAAAUCUGCCAGCAGUUCUGCUGGGAAGGAGCCACAGGUUGCAGAGGGGGAAAAAAAAAAAUGGGGGAAGGGGAGUAUCAUUUUUAAGUCUCCAUUUGCUUUUGUGUCUGCAGCAGGUCAGCGUGUGAGUGAGGAGGGUGUGCACCCCUAGGGCUCCCUCUCCUCCCUCACCCCGCUCUCUACAAAAUGCAAACAUAAAAGAGAUGGGAACUACUGUGAAUCCUGGAAAAAGGUAGCUCCUAGGGAGGUUCACCAAUCGUCGAUGCUUCACAAAACACUGUCAGAUUUUUACAAAGAACUGGUUUAUAAAUGGAUACUUAGAACCUCAUUUCUCUUUUAUUUUAAUACAAGCAAGAUUCUCUGUACACAUAGUAUAUACACAAAAUACGAUUAGGCUUUGUAGCAUGUCUUUUAUAGCAGCAUGAAUAUAUUAAACCAUCUCACUCUGGGAAUGUAAAUAAAUAUUGUUUCAACAUCAAA